AUGCCUGCUCAAGUGGCUAUUCACCAGAGCGCGAACGGUAAAGAACAAGAAGACAGAUUCGCUCGCAAACGAGUCCACGACUAUCAAUACGUUGGUGUAUUUGACGGACAUGGCGGUGACUAUAGUGCGCGCUGGUGCCGAGAUAAUUUACACAAGUACAUAGAGGCGGCGGUUGAAGACUGCGGGUGGCCGGAGAAUUGCCUGCACAUGGCGUUCAGCAAUGCAAACAGGGCUAUUCUUUUGAGUAACGCUAGCACAGGAACCACAGCUAGUGUUUUCUUAUGGCGUGAGACAAGCAGAGAAUUUGUGGCUGCUAACGUGGGGGACUCGACCAUAGUGCUCUGUCAAAAUGGGGUGGCCAAAGUGAUAUCGUAUGACCACAAUUGCAGGGAAAUGCUGGAGCACAACCGCUUGGCAAGUGAGACAUGUUUGAUGAGUGAAGACGGCCGGAUUAUUGGGCCGUAUGGCGGUCUGGCUGUGACACGCACGCUUGGUGAUCUUGCAUACAAGCCGUAUGCUUGUGCUAUUCCGUUUGUGAACUAUGGCUACAUCAACAAUGAAGAUGAGUUUGUUAUUAUCGCUUCAGAUGGACUAUGGGACGUUAUGACGCCUCAGGACGCGGUUGCUAAAGCUCGAAAUCUUGGAACAGCAUCGGAAAUGGCGUCGGAACUAGUCGAGUACGCAAUAAAAAAGAGCAGUCGAGACAACAUCACCUGUGGCGUGGUACUAUUCCGCCCGCCCCGUGAGGAUGAAAGCAAUGUGACCUACCAGUCGAUCAUGAGUUCUGCACACAAUGAGACGAUCUACUAG